GAUUGCUAACAAGUCGCCAUUUGAUGACGUCACAAGCGACGGAGCCAACCGACAUGUGGAAAGUGCGAGGGUUCGCUCAAAAUUCAACAUAAUUUACUGUGCGUGGUGUUUUGCUUUAUAGCCAUGGAUGAAUUAACAGCAGACAUCAAGGCUUUGCUCCUCAACCACCCUUUUCUUGAGCUGACUGACAGCCGAAAGGUUAGCCAGCACGUCAUGAUCAAGUGCACUUUGAACGGCCAUGAGCUUCCAUGUAACCUGGCAGAGCUGGAGAAUUUCACCAAAGGGAAGAAAUAUCAGAAACUGAGCUCCCAUGCGGAGUUCAACUACAGCCAGUAUGAACCACACAUUGUGCCAAGCACGAAACAACCCAAUCAGCUCUUCUGCAAGUUGACCCUCAGACACCUCAACCGACUACCGCAACAUGUUUUAAAACACGUCAACGGGAAACGCUUCAAGAAGGCCCUCAACAUGUAUGAGGAAUGUGUAAGGCAGGGGAUCGAAUUCAUUCCAAUCAGACUCCAGCAGAAAAGGCCAAAGUUUACAGACGACAACAUCAAAGACGUCCACCAGGGGCACACUUCCAAGCACGGCGGGUGGGAGCAGUCUUCCAGCGACGGGGGCGAUUCGGAGGACAGCAUGAGCGACCUUUACCCCUCGACAAUGUUCAGGUUGGAGAACUCGGCAGACAAAAAGACGGAGUCGGGUGAAGAUGACUUCAAAACAGAUGAAGAGAUGGAGAUGGACACGCAGACUGUGCAGAAACGUAAAAAGGUCCAGGGUGGUGGCUUCCAGAAGAAAUUAAAAAAUAACAAGAAAGGCCGGAAUAAGAAACCGGCGAAAGUUCAGAAUGGAAAGUAAAAGAUUUUCUAACAUAUUAAAUAACGUAUAAAAGACGGCCUCUUUAAAGUUGUCCUUUUGCACACAUUCUUGAAUUUUUCAUGCGGACUUUCACAAAAUAUAGAGCGCUUAAAAAAAAUGUCCUAUGUAAAAAUUGCCUCGUGGUUACAAUAUAAGACGCACAGUAUUUUUGAGGACACAGCUUU